AUGAUUGCCAGGGUAGCUUUGACUCUGAUGGAGUUGCCCGGUGCAAAGGCAAAUGGGCCGGUUGCGGAUGUCUGGCUCAGAGCACCCAGUGUGGUGCCCAGCAAUCAUGCGAUCUCAAUGACUGUCGAGGCAGUUUUGAUUCGGACGGAAUUGCUCGUUGCAAGGGCAAAUGGGCGGGCUGUAGAUGCUCGCCUCAAGGCUCUCAGUGUGGUGCUCAACAAUCCUGCGACCUUAACGACUGUCAAGGCAGUUUUGAUUCAGAUGGUGUUGCCCGGUGCAAGGGCAAGUGGGCAGGUUGCUCGUGUCUGCCUCAAGGGACGCAAUGCGGUGCUCAGCAGUCCUGUGACCUCAACGGAUGCGCUGGUUCAUUCGACUCUAACGGCAGAGCUACUUGCAAGGGUAGAUAUGCCGGCUGCCAGUGUACACCAACCCAAGGCGGCAGUGGCACAUGUGGUAACCGUCAGAGUUGCGACCUCAACGGUUGCGCUGGCAGAUUCACGGGCAACAACCCCUAUCCUCAAUGCACUGGCAACUAUGCGCCGUGCCAAUGCAACCCUACGGACAACACGUGUGGUAACCCCCAGAAUUGUGAUCUUAACGGCUGCAACGGUAGUUGGGAUGGAAACUCCAACGUCGCGCGCUGCCGAGGGAACUUUGUUGGCUGCAGAUGUAACCCGACAGGCAGUACAUGCGGAGCCAAACAAAGUUGCGACCUCAACGGCUGCGCCGGAACGUAUAACGCCAAUUCGAACGUAG